AUGGACGAUAACUUACGGAAAAAGUGAAUGGAGGCUAUCCAUAACGACAUCCUCUCUCCUCUUUAUUUUGCAAACAUCGAGAACUUCCCUUAUAAUGAAAAUAACCCUUUCAGACCAAACUAUACCAAAGUUGCAGAAUUAAGAAUGAAAGACUUUUCAGCCUUCAGCUACCCCAAAGCUGAGCUACGCGAGUACAUUUUGCAUAUUUUCUAUGACUUGCUUGAGCCUUUCCACAUAGAGAUCUGCAAAAUGCAGAGAUUUAUCUAUGCUGUGUGCGAGAAUUAUCAAGACAACCCUUUCCAUAACAUUUUCCACGCUUUUUCAGUUCUGCAAAUGAUCCACUCUAUUGGUGAGCAUGUUGAUAAAUAUCAAGCUUACCUAGACAACCGUGACCGCUUGGCUUUACUUAUUUCAUCGUAUGGCCACGAUUUAAACCAUCCAGGCGUUACCAAUGCUUUUAUGAUUAAUUCUCGCCAUUCUUUGGCAAUCAGAUAUAAUGACAUUUCAGUCCUGGAAAACCAUCAUGCAGCAACCCUCGUUCAUUUUUUAGAGCUUGAGGGCUGUGAUAUUUUUUGCAAUUUGCCUAAUGAAGACCAAACUUAUAUGAGGAGGCUUAUCAUUCCUACAAUUUUAGCAACUGAUAUGGCCAGGCAUAAAAUAGUCAUGGAAAAUUUUGCUCAAACGAUGCAAAAUUUUAAUAGAGAAAACCCAACUCAUAGACAGCAUUUAUUAGAUAUGGUUCUCCAUUCAGCUGAUGUAGGAAACCCUACUUAUAAAUUUGAUCUAGCUACUGUAUGGUCCUUAAGGAUCAUUCAAGAAUUUAAUAAACAAGUUUUGCAAGAAGAAGAAAGGGGACUCCCAGUAUCUGAAUUUUUGAGAGUUGGAAAUGAAAUAAAGAAAAUCAAGCAGAACCAAAUGGGUUUUAUUGAUGCUGUUAUUUAUCCUUUGUGGAAGUUAUUAAAUACUCAUAUUCCGCAAACUCAGGAAUAUGUGGAAAGUAUUGAGAGAAAUCGAAAAAUGUGGGAAGAACUAGAAAAAUUAUAG